AUGGCUAGCCUCAACGCCCUAAAGCAAGCCCUGAAACACGCGUCGGCACACAUAGACUAUUCAUCAAGAAGAACACUGUCAGACGACCAGUACGCCGGCGGAUUCAGCAACUUCAACGAGGCGCCCAAUGAUCGAAUGUAUCGUGCCUUCAUCACACCGACACUCACAUCCGUACUUGGUCCCUUAUUUGACUCCCGCCUCGCCAUAUCCGUGCUAGAAAUUGGUCCCGGGCCAAAGACCAUCCUCGCCUCGCUGCCCGAGGGCAUGAAACGCAAGAUCAAGCGGUACAAGGCGUUUGAGCCGAACGAGGUUUUUGCGAAGCGUCUUGAUGACCAGCUGGGGUGCGUAGUUCGGAGAGAGGCGUAUGAGCUGCACGAUGAAACGCAGACCGAGAAGUUCGACGUCGUGCUGUUCUGUCAUAGCAUGUACGGCAUGCAUCCAAAACGAGCUUUUAUCGAGCAGGCAUUAGAAUCACUUGGCGAUGUUGGAGACGAGAUGGUGGUGGUAUUUCAUCGCGAUGGGAAGUUGGACUUUGGCGGGUUGGUGUGUUAUCGGACUGCAACUUGGCUCGAUUUGACGCUCCAGGUACCCGUGGAGGACGAGCGUCUUGACGAAUUCGUAUCUUUCAUCGUGGGAUUUGACGUCGAAGCCUCGGAUGUUCGGAAGAAGUGCCGCGACAUAUGCCACGCCUUGGGCACUCGAACGGGGAAUCAUCUUGUCUUCUAUGCACGGGAGAUCAUGGUGGCUUUCAACAAACACGCAACUGCCUUGCCAAGAUUACUCGCACAAGUUCCAGCGGCGAUGUCAGCCACGGCAAUCAAGAACAGGGAGCCCAAUGUUGUCGGCGUGGACAUGAGCGCUUUCAACGACCUCCAUGUUCUCCAAGACGGCUCAUGGAUAAAAGGAGACGACGUCAAAGACGGGCCUCUAGUCAUCAUGGGUGCUGGAUGCACUACCGGACAAGUUGUCAGCGAAACCCUGAAGUCCGGUAUGACCAUCCCGCUGGGCUCACGACCGAGUGUCGGUGCUGGCUUAUGGCUGCAAGGCAGGUAUAGGUCACCUAUCGCGGCGCCACGGACUGUCCUGUCGAUCUCAGUUCUCGGCGUCGUGAUGGUCAGCCCAACUGGCGAGAUUCUCCACAUUGGCCAUGUCCCGCCCCUAUACUUACCACGCGACACAAUACGUCCUGAUAACGAAGCCGAGCUUCUAUGGGCUGUCAAAGGCGCAGGGACAAACUUCGGUAUCGUGAUCAGUGUGGUAUUCAGGGCUUACAAUGCUCCGAAGUUUCUGGUACGCGAGUGGGUUGUGUCGCUCGGUAAUCGCGAGGAAGCAGUGGAUAAACUUGCCAAGUUCAACGAGAUCGCCGAUAAGCUGGAGAGGAGUCAGUCUGCGGACCCAUGUCUGCACUGGGACGAUGGAGGGUUGCGUCUUGGCGUGACGAUGUACGAAUGUUCCAACAGUGAUCCAGAUCGGGCUCCGACUCCUUUCGACACACUUUUUGGUAAGCCUCAAGAUGUCCAAACUGUGGAUUGCAAGGGACUUUUUGACACCGACAUGUACAUGUCUCGCAUGCAUGGUGGACAUGCCGGUGGCAAGACGUCUUCUUUCAAGCGCUGCGUGUUCCUGAAGGAUAUUGGCAACCACCAGAUAGCGGAUCUUUUAGUCAAGGCCAUCGAAAAUCGGCCCACGCCAACAUGUUACCUCCACCUCCUACAAGGGGGUGGGGCUAUCCGAGGCGUUGCGGAUACAUCUACUGCAUUUGGUUGCCGGGACUGGGACUUUGCGUGUGUUAUCACAGGCAUCUGGCCGCGUGAUGAGGAUGGUAACGAAAUCUCGCGAUCUACGAUCCAAUGGGUAUACAAUUUCACCACUGCGCUAUUGCCAUUGAGCCAAGGCAUAUAUGGCGCGGACCUUGGACCUGAUCCUCGAGACAAAUUGCUGGUAAGCGAAGCCUUUGGUCCAAACCGGCAGAGACUCGCUCGUCUCAAAAAGGUCAUGGAUCCACAGAAUGUAUUGGCGUAUGCUUGUCCGCUGCCGAAGAACCGGCCAGGGCCAAAACUUAUCUUUCUUGUUACGGGUAACCACGGUGCUGGAAAGGACUACUGCGCUGAACAAUGGGCUUCGGAGGUCAAGGACCACGCCCGGGAACGUCUGGAGGUUCAUAUCAGCAGUAUCAGCGAUGCUACCAAGCGCGCAUACGCAGCCAGCACUGGAGCUGACCUUGCUCGUCUGCUCAAUGAUCGUGCUUACAAAGAGCAGCACCGUGCAGCAAUGACAGCAUUCUUCAAAGCGCAAGUUCAACAAAGACCCAAUUUGCCAGAGGAGCAUUUCCUGGAUGUUGUGUACGGCGCUGCAGAGGCCGAUGUUCUUUUCAUCACUGGCAUGCGAGAUCCCGCACCGGUCGCAAUGUUUUCGCACCUUGUUCCCGGGAGUCGCGUAAUCGAGGUACGUGUCCGAGCCAGCGAAGAGAUAAUAUACAACCGCCGAUGUUGCGAUGGUCCUGGGGUCGCGGAGAGAGAGACGGCCAGCGCACUGCUGGAUUGGUGUCCCGACUUCGAUUUCGACAACAAUGUAAAAGGGCCUAGAGCUGCGAGGAGUUUCGCUGAGAAGCAUUUGUCACUCUUCCUGCACGGCGAUGCCCAGCGACUGGCUGAUAUGGUGCGAGCAAUCCCAGAUUUCCCUGUCGCCGACACUCAGUUCCGUCACGUGCUCGGUAUAGCACAGGAACCCGACGACCUGGCUCUGUGCUUAUCGCUAUUGAAGUCUCUCUACCCUGGCGACAUGUCUCAAGUUGAUGCGAUGGUGUGCUGCGAAGCAGGUGGCUUCCUGUUUGCUUCUCCACUGGCCUCAAGUCUCAGCGUGCCUUUGGUCAUUGUUCGCAAUGGCGGCAAAUUACCACCACCAACGCUAUCAGUCACAAAGCUAAACUCGCACAUAUCUUCGUAUGGCAAUGUCAAAGAAGAGACGAUUGAAAUAGAGCGCGAUGCCAUCUCGAAGGGUGCCUCGGUGCUAGUGGUCGACGAUGUGCUUGCCUCUGGUCAGACCUUGUGCGCAGUAUUGCAGCUGUUGGACCAGACUGGAAUUCAACCCGAGAAGAUCCAGGCCUUGGUCGUCGCCGAAUUUCCCAUUCAUGGUGGUCGGGCGUUGUUGCGAUCUCGUGGUUUCGGCACGGUCAGCGUCACGGCCACGAAACGGACCUUGAAAGAGGGGACAAUUGACCGAGGAACCACGCUAGCUGAUGGAGGAAAAGAACGCGACGUGACGCGACGCGACGCGAUCUCACGUGCGCGCCCGGCAACGACGCUGAAGAUCGGCAUCGUCACCCCACCAUGCCAAAAAUCAUCCAGGGUCCACGAAGACCCACGUAUCGCGAUCACAGUCUAUCCAGACGUCAGAGAACAGCACUGGACGCGCCAGAUGGCUGAACAAGCUGCUAUGAGAAAUCUGGAUCAAUUGCCACCAGAGAUGAUCGAGUUCACGCUUCUGAAGACGACGGGCGCGCUGGCACCGCGUCUCGGCCGCAUCUCGCUGGUGGGAAGGAAGACAAUACAAACCCCCGCUUUCAUCGGCAAUACAUCACGAGGUGUCAUAUCACACAUAUCGCCAGAUAACUUUCGGAAGAGCGUACAUGUCAAUGGCGUAUACGUGCCGCUUGAGGAUUUCGUGGAGAAGCACCCCAAGCAAAUACCGCCCAUCUUCAAGUAUGAAGUCCCCGAGCCUCUCCGCAAGUUCAUCGCGCUGCCAGAAGACACGCUCCUCAUCCUUGGCGCGCGUCGCAACCCGCCAAUACCAGUGCCCGUCCCAAACACGAAUACGGAGAUAGCCCUGUCAACAUCGGUCGGAUUCAAGGCUAUGAGCUCCGAGUACUAUGCAGCCGCCGUACGGAAGCUACAGCCGGAUAUUGUGGUCGGAUUGGCGGACAUACCAUUCGGACAAGAAUCGAUUGGCACUAAGCGCAAGGACAAGAUGAGCGAUCGGACAGAGUUGUGGCUUCAAGACAUCAUUGCCAGGAAAGAGAGCUUGGACAAGGGCGAGAAGAGCUGGAGCAUAUUCGCGCCAAUACUGCCCAUCGAGCGUGAUCUGCAAUCAUGGUACCUGGAACAUCUCCUCGACGAUAUGGUCGACAAGAUCAGCGGUGUUGCCAUAUACGACACAUAUCUCCUGGAUGACCUACCAGACCAACUGCACCUCCUUCCACGCCUAUCUUUCCAUGCGCCCAUCGGCCUCGGAAUGGAUCUCUUCACCGUCCCGUUCCUCGCAGACGCAACCGACGCUGGUAUCGUGCUCGACUUUGCAUUCCCUCCUCCUGCCAAAGACGAGACAUCAAGCACGCGAUGCACCCUUGGAAUAGACAUGUGGCACGAAGACCAUGCCACAUCUGUUACGCCUCUCUCCACUGACUGCACCUGCUACGCCUGCAUAAAGCACCACCGCGCGUACCUCCAACACCUCCUCGCGGCCAAAGAAAUGCUCGGCUGGGUGCUCAUCCAAAUCCACAACCACGCCAUCCUGUCCGCUUUCUUCGCGGGCGUGCGCACCUCCAUCGAAGCGGGUACCUUCGACACCGACGUCGCCGCCUUUGAAGCAUACUACGAGCCCUCGUUGCCCGAGAAAACUGGCCAGGGCCCAAGAGUUAGGGGAUACCAGUUCCGAAGUGAGGAACAUGCAAAAAAGGGGAGGAAGAAUCCGAGAGUGUAUAAGAAGUUUGAUGAGGGCAAGAUUGCGGAGUUGAAGGCGGCGCAUGGGCAGCAGCCGAAUCGAAAGCCGGAGAUGCGCGAUGUCAUUGAUGACGAGGCGUUGUUAGGACUUAUGGGCAUGGAUGAGGAGCCGAGCAGACAGAUGGAGGAGCUGGUGAUCGAGGAUGAUAAGGGUGUUUGA